AUGGCCGCCAGUCAAAAUGGCCAGCAGGGAGAUCUCACCUCAGAAAUUCUCCGCGAGCUGUCCAAUUCCGAACCUAUUCUUACCUCGGAAGCCUUUGCUGGGUAUAAGUCCGCCGAUGUUAAGAGUGCCUUGGACCGACUGGGAUCGCGUGCUAUGAUCACAUAUGAUACAAUUGACAGAGAAGAAGCCAUCUUGGAACCCGAAGCUGUGGAAAUUGAGGCCAAUGGCAGCCAUGAAGCGCGAGUUUUCGAGGCGUUGCAGAAGGCUAUGGAUGGGCUCACCGUUCAGGAACUGGAGAAGGCUAUCGGAGACAAGAAUGUCGUGAAGGUUGGUCAAGGCAAGGCUUUCAAGUCAAAAUGGAUUGCCAAAGGAAAGGAUGGGCGCCUAGUAGCUUCUACUGAGUCAAUAAAGGAUGAAACUCGAGAGCAACUUCAGAUCAUAGCGAAGACACGUACACAUCCAGACUCGAAAGUUAUUACGGAUUUGAAGAAGCGCAAGCUCGUCAAGAUGCAGAAGGUCAUCAGCUACAAGGUUCGCAAAGGGCCAAAGUUCGCUCUUGAAAUAGUGAAGGAGGAGACAGACCUGACAGCAGACAUGCUUGCCUCGGGUGCAUGGAAAACUGCUGCUUUCAAGCCUUAUAACUUCAAAUCUCUCGGAGCAGAUCAAAAUGCUGGCGCUCUUCAUCCAUUGAACAAGGUCCGACACGAAUUCCGUCAAAUCUUCUUCGAGAUGGGCUUUGAAGAGAUGCCGACCAACCGUUUCGUCGAGACCGGUUUCUGGAACUUCGACGCCCUCUUCGUUCCACAACAACACCCCGCUCGUGACCUUCAAGACACCUUCUACAUCUCCGACCCUAAAGUAGCAGACAAGCCCCACGCCGAGACAGAAGACGAUACGGCGGACUAUGAGAGUUACUGGAACAACGUGAAGGAAGUCCAUCAAGAAGGAAAGUAUGGCUCCAUCGGGUACAGAUAUCCUUGGGCUGAAGAUGAGUCAUUACGGCUUGUUCUCCGCACUCAUACAACCGCCAUCUCGACAGCCAUGCUGCACAAACUGGCCUCUCAGAAGGGUCCCGACGGAAGACCGCCUCCAGCUCGAUACUUCUCAAUUGACCGCGUUUUUAGGAAUGAGACUGUUGAUGCCACCCAUCUUGCUGAGUUUCAUCAGGUCGAAGGUGUCAUUGCGGAUUAUGGAUUGUCACUAGGUGGACUCAUGGAAUUCAUGCAAAUCUUCUUCAACAAGAUGGGCAUUGAAGAUUUGAGAUUCAAACCUGCCUAUAAUCCCUACACCGAGCCAAGUAUGGAGAUUUUCAGUUUCCACAAGGGCCUGAACAAGCUGGUUGAGAUUGGCAACAGCGGCAUGUUCAGACCUGAGAUGUUAGAGGCUAUGGGUCUGCCUAAAGAUUUGCGCGUUUUCGGUUGGGGGUUGUCUUUGGAGCGUCCGACGAUGAUCAAAUACAAGGUGAAUAAUAUUCGAGAGUUGUUAGGCCACAAAUGCGACCUUGCUUUCAUAGAAAGAAACCCAGCUGUCAGGCUAGAGAAAACUUAGAUGUUGAUGUCCAAUAUAGCUUGGUACAACGAGAUACCCAAUAAAGCUCUCUCGAAGUCUCAACAACCUUGGAAGUCUCUUCCAUCACGUGUUUAACAUUGUUGAAAUCCUGGGUACCAAGCUAGCUCGUUGCGGCAUUUGGUUACAAAUGUGCAUUUGACUGAUGAGUGCUUGAAACUGUGUUUUCUUGCAGGAGAUGAUCCACAACAGCGGGGAAGUGGUCUCUAUGCUGUACGCGACCUUGUGCGUAUGCUGUAUAAUGCUACUCCUAACCUAAUUUGCCCUUCAUGGUGCCUUAUUCGGGAGAGAUAUGCUCAUCGUGAGAAAUAUUCACGUCUUUCCAUUAUCAGACUCUUGUACUGUAGAAUCUAACAAAGUGUCUAGGAGGAGGAGUCUACUUCACUCGAGUGGAAAAGCGACAACGUAAAUAUUAGACCUAUAUAGAAUUCAACAG